CCAGCCACAGCAGGCUCCUAUCUCACUGAGGAGCUGUGUGUGAGGAGUGCACAUCUCCUUCUCAUAGUAUCUGGCAGGGAGUCAGCAAUCAAAGGGAAGGGAGCGAAUGGGCAGAGUGGAACUUCUAGAAGGGAAAAUGAGUGCCCCGAAUCCCACAGAUGUGUGGAGCAGACCCCUGGAUGCAGACCUACUCCAGGACUUGGGGUGGUACCAUGGCAACCUCUCACGCCACGCAGCUGAAGCUCUCCUCCUCUCCAAUGGACGAGACGGGAGCUAUCUGCUGAGGGACAGCAAUGAGCAGAUUGGGCUCUACUCUCUCUCUGUGAGAGCCAAAGACUCUGUCAAACACUUUCAUGUUGAAUAUACUGGAUAUUCAUUUAAAUUUGGCUUUAAUGAAUAUUCAUCUUUAAAGGAUUUUGUCAAGCAUUUUGCAAAUCAGCCUUUGAUCGGAAGUGAGACAGGCACUCUGAUUGUUUUGAAACAUCCCUAUCCAAGGAAAGUAGAAGAACCUUCCAUUUAUGAAUCCGUCCGGGUCCACACAGCAAUGCAGACAGGAAGAACAGAGGAUGACCUUGUGCCCACUGCACCUUCUCUGGGCACCAAAGAAGGCUACCUCACCAAGCAGGGCGGCCUGGUUAAGACCUGGAAAACAAGAUGGUUCACUUUGCAAAGGAAUGAACUGAAAUAUUUCAAAGACCAGAUGUCACCAGAACCAAUUCGAAUUCUAGAUCUAACAGAAUGCUCGGCUGUUCAAUUUGAUUAUUCUCAGGAAAGGGUAAACUGCUUUUGCUUGGUGUUUCCAUUCAGGACAUUUUAUCUCUGUGCAAAGACAGGAGUGGAAGCUGAUGAAUGGAUCAGGAUAUUGCGAUGGAAGUUGUCAAAAAUAAGAAAACAGCUGAAUCAAGAAGAAGGCACCAUCCGAUCUCGGUCAUUCAUCUUUAAAUAGAACUUUCUUGCCAGGGCAUGCCCUGGCUCAGGGGCGGGAUGGAAUGCUCCAGGUGUGCUGAUCUGUGGCUGCCUUCAGAGGAAAGCUCACUAAGGGAUUUCCUCUAAAAGACAAAUCAACAGUUUAUCAUUGGGACCUGUAUGCUGUGUUUUCUGGCUCCUGGAAAACAGCUGCCCUUCCAGGACGUGGCCGUCUCCUCCAGAACACAGAAGCCCUUGUCCUUGGGAUGGAAACUACUUAUCUACUGCUCCCAGGUCAGAACACACAGUACAAGAUGAAGGGCCAGUGUUUUCUCUCACAGAGGCCUAGGCUUGUUGACAUUAGUUGCCCGGACUCUGCCCAGUGUCAGGGUCAGUACAACUAACCUCCAGGAUGUGCUGUUAACCAGGAGGGUAACAGCAUGUUAGGGGACUCAGGCUGCUUCAUUAGGAAGCAUGUUAAGAUAAUAAAUACCAAGGACUUUUGAAGGAAGGGCUGCUUUGUUGUUGUUGUUUUGUUUUGUUUUGUUUUAUGUAGAAAAGCCAAAAGCAGGGCUGGAAAGAUGGUUCUGCAGUUGAGUGUGUAUUGCUCUUGCAGAGGACAUGAGUUCCA